UUUCCCAUGAGCCCCGCAGCUGUCGCAGUUCGGCGCCUGCGCAGUCCGUCCGUGUCCAGGCCGGGUAUCAUGGCGUCGUACGUGGACAUCCUGAAGAGCGAGUUCCCGCAGAUCGACACGGAGCUGUUCGACUACAUCACAGGAGUGUUGGACAGCGGAGGAGCCGACUUUGAAGAUGCUGAGGAGGUGUUCGAGGCCGUGGGCGGGUUCCUCCAGGAAGUGUCUGCAGACGCCAAGAACGAAGACGAGAUCAGAGACGUUUGUCUCCAGAUGUUCAACUGUCUCAAACUAAACGACUGUCACGGCUCCCAGCAACAGGUCCUGUUAGACGCCCCGGUCCAACUGUCCCAGAUCAACGCCCACACCACGGAGAUCAGAGAUGUUCAGGGGAUCUGGAUGAUGAAGAGGCCUCAGAACACGACGGUUGAUGCAAAGAAACUGGAAAAAGCUGAAGCUAAACUUAAAGCCAAACACGAACGACGCAACGAGAAAGACUCACAGAAAUCCUCCACUCCAGUCGUCCUGGAGGAGGCGUCGGCGAGUCAGUCGAGCAGUAAGAAGGAAGGACGAGUCGACCAGAGCGGAAAAAACCGCAGCUACGACAUCAGGAUCGAAAACUUCGACGUGUCUUUCGGAGAGAGGGUGCUCCUGCAGGGGGCAGACUUGUCCCUGUCGUUUGGUCGGAGGUACGGUCUGAUCGGGAGGAACGGUCUGGGGAAGACGACGCUGCUGAAGAUGCUCUCCAGCCGCAGCCUGAGGGUCCCGGCUCACAUCUCCAUCCUCCACGUGGAGCAGGAGGUGGAAGGAGACCACACCAAAGCUCUGGAGAGCGUCCUGCAGAGCGACACCGUCAGAGAGGAGCUGCUGCAGCGCGAGAGGACGCUCAACGCACGCAUCAACGCCGGAACCGGCGACGGGUCGGAGAGCGCUCGUCUGUCUGAGAUCUACGCCAAGCUGGAGGAGAUCGAGGCGGACAAAGCUCCUGCUCGAGCGUCGGUGAUUCUGGCCGGACUCGGCUUCACGCCCAGAAUGCAACAGCAGACCACAAAGGAGUUUUCUGGAGGCUGGAGGAUGAGGUUGGCGUUGGCCAGAGCGCUCUUCGCUCGGCCGGACCUGCUGCUGCUCGACGAGCCCACGAACAUGUUGGACGUCAGAGCCAUUCUGUGGCUGGAGAACUACCUACAGACCUGGGCGUCUACGAUCCUGGUGGUGUCUCACGAUCGUAACUUCCUGAACGCCGUGGUCACUGACAUCGUCCACCUGCACACGCAGCGUUUGGACAGUUACCGCGGCGACUACGAGAACUUCAUCAAAACCAAAGAAGAUCGACUGAAGAACCAACAGCGCGAGUACGAGGCCCAGCUCCAGUACAGACAACACAUCCAGGUUUUUAUCGACAGGUUUCGGUACAACGCCAACAGAGCGGCUCAGGUCCAGAGUAAACUCAAACUGCUCGAGAAACUUCCUGAGCUGAAGCCUCUGGAGAAAGAGUCUGAGGUCGUUCUACGGUUUCCAGAUCACUUUGAGAAGUUGUCUCCUCCGAUCCUGCAGUUGGACGAGGUGGAGUUUUACUACAGCCCAGAACAACGACUCUUCACCGGACUCAACCUGAGCGCCGACCUCGACUCCCGCAUCUGCAUCGUACGACCACACCUGCCUCAGACCGGGUUUAGUCCUGGUUCAUCCUGGUUCGGAGAAAGUCUGACGCCGAUCAACGGAGUCCGACAGGCGCACAGGAAUCUGAAGAUCGGUUACUUCAGUCAACAUCACGUGGAUCAACUGGACCUGAACGUUUGUUCUGUAGAACUACUGGCCAACAAGUUCCCCGGUCGUCCGGAGGAGGAGUAUCGCCACCAGCUGGGCAGAUACGGCAUCACGGGGGAGUUGGCCACCCGCCCCGUCGCCAGUCUGUCCGGAGGGCAGAAGAGCAGAGUCGCCUUCGCCCAGAUGACCAUGCCCUGUCCAAACUUCUACGUUCUGGACGAGCCGACGAAUCAUCUGGACAUGGAGACGAUCGAAGCCCUCGCCAAAGCCCUCAACAAGUUUAAGGGGGGCGUGGUCCUGGUGUCGCACGACGAGCGGCUGAUCCGGUUGGUUUGCCGCGAGCUGUGGGUGUGCGAGGGCGGGCGGGUGACGCGCGUCGACGGAGGAUUCGACGAGUACAAACACAUCCUGCACGAACAGUUCAGGAAGGAGGGCUACCUGUGACCAGUCGCGGCGCGGGACGGAGGGGGGCGGGGCUACCUGCGAGCGGCCAAUCGAAACACGGGACGGAGGGGGGCGGAGCUACCUGCGACGGGGGUGCGGGACGGGGUAGGGGCCGCCCGCGAGGUCCCCGGUCCCGCCCUCAGACCGGCCGAUCGGAGCGCAGGACGAAGGCGACGGCGGCCAAUCAGGGCGGGCGGCCGCAGGUGACACGAGCCCCGCCCACGCAUCACUCCAUCGGCCAAUCAGAGCGGAGGACUCAUAAAAACAUUGAAACAUGAACUGGACCUAAGACACUGAGCCGUGAUUGGUGCACACAGCUGUCAAUCACCCGUGAGAGCCAAUGGGAAGAGAAGAGAAGAGAGACGGGGGCGGGCUCUUCUACAGGACACGAACCAAUCAGACGAAAGUGUUUAAAGUGUUUAAAAUGUUUAAAAUGACGACGCCAGAAAUAUAAAAAUAACACGAAUAAAACUAAAAAUAACUCAAAUAAAACAAAAAAUAACACAAAUAAAACAGCUCUGAACCCACA